AGCGAUGUUGUGGUGCUUGUUAUAACGGAAUACUUAAUAAUUAUAAUUGCUGUCAAGAUUAUGCUACCUCCUGCCGUUUAAAUCAAACUAAAAGUACUUACCAAACCGCUUAUUUUGUCUACUUUGAUUGGUGUGUAAAAGAAAAUUUACCAGGAGUCACUUGUAGCCGAAGUUAUGCUAAUGGUUGUGUAGCUAAUCUUUUACCUCAAGAUAAGAAGCCAUAA